AAAUAUAUAAAAAAUCAAAAAAUAAGAAAAUAAUUUUAAUAAAUAUUUUGACUUUAAAACCUAAAUAAAUAUUAGAAAAAAAGGAAAUAUAAUUAUUAAAACAGAUAAAUGUAAUUUAUCAUUAAAAUAAUUCUCAUAUUACUAACUUUAAUAAACUAAACAUUCUAAAAAGGUACCGUAUGUCACUAAUUAUUCGGUUGGGACACAUAUUUUACCUUAAGUCUAUUAGAAAAUACUAAUGAUUAUCAAUAUAGAAUGCCUAUAAAUGGUGGAAAUUAUUCAUAAUAAGAAAAUUAGUAAUCUAAUGCAUAAAAUGUUGAAAUAAUAGGGACAUUAAAUUUUAAUUUUUGUACAAGAGUUAAAUAAAACCUAUGUUCAUCAGAUUAAAAAAAAGUAGGCUAAGAUAAUAAGGAUAAAACUGUAAAAACUUACGCGAAUAUUUUUUUUGAAAGAAUCGAAAAUAAUGUAGAAUGUAGAAACUUAGCAAGUAAUUCUGAAUUCUAAUAUUAUUCGUAUAAAUUUAUUGAUGAAAAUAAACCAUAAAAAGGAGUUGUUUAUAGUCUAUUUCAUGGUGAUUUAUAUGGAGUUCCUAGUCCCGCUAGACCUGCUGUUGUUCUUCCUUAAAAUAAUCUUAAUUAAUAAGAUGGUUAAAAUAUUUAAGGAAAUCGUAGAAUAUUAGAUGACAGUGAAGAUGAUUCUAAAAUAAGAUAUGGAAUAGAAUUUGUGAUUUAAUGCGAUAAAUAAGAAAAACAAAAUAUAGUUAUUGAUGGUUGGCAAUUACUGACAGAUGAAAAAGGCAAUAAAAAUAUAUAUUCAUUUAAAGCGCGUUCAUAAUAUGGAUGCCCUAUUUUACAAGUAUCUAAAAUGUGGUAAAUAUUGUCUGAUAAAUAGAUUAUAUUUACUAUUGUAUUUGUUAUUAUCGGUGUAAUUGAGUGUUUUUUUGGUUUGAGAAUAUUUAAACCAACAUUAUUUGUAGUUGGAUAUUUUUCAGGAUUUGGUAUUUUGACUGCUAUAAUGGGAGAAUUUGUUAUUAGAUAUGAUAGUGAGUCUGUUAUGGUCUAUGCAAGUCUUAUUAUUGCAGUUUUAUUUGGUGUUUUGGUAGGAUAUGUUACUAUAACGAUACCUAAGAUAGGUUUUUUUUGUCUCGGGAUGUGGUUAGGUGUAGUUAUAGCUUUAUUGUUAAAUAAUGCGAUUUUAUACAAAAUAUAAUUGACAAAUAACUUCAUUGUACUGUGGCUUACGAUAGCUGUUUUAGCAGUUUUAAUGGGUGUUUUAUCGUGUUGUUUUUACAAACACUGCGUAAUGGUGUGUACUGGAGUAGUUGGCGCAUAUGCUAUUGUAAGACCUUUUGGAUGGAUAUUAGGAAGCUUUCCGAAUGAACUUUAGAUUGCAAAAGAUAUAAAAUAUGGGAAUAUUUCGUCUGUUCCUUCUAUGUUUUACCUUUAUUUUGCUUUAAUUAUUGUCGUGGCUUUUAUUGGGAUAACUUAUUAGUGGAGAAGUUAUGCUGAAAGAAGGGCUGAUGAAGAAAGGGAAGAUUUAAUGCUUUUUUAGGCAGAUCCUGAAUUUUUUAAUUUAAAUAAAAGACUUUUAGAUAAAUAAGAUAAAGAUUUAACUGAAAAUGAAAAAAAAAUAAAAAGAAAAGUUGAUAGAAUAUAAAAAAAUCUAAAAAAAAAAUAAAAAAAAGAAGAAAAAGAAAAAAAAAUGAUUGAAAAAUUAGAAAGAAGAAGAAAAAGAAAAGAACAAGGUGAUAAUUAUGAAACACCAGAAGAAGAUAAAAGCAGUGAAGGAGAUAGUAAUAGUAGUGAAAGUGAUUAAGAUGAGGAAAAUUAAAAAAAUAAAAAUAAUGGAAGUCCAGCAGGAAAAUUUUCAAAAUUAUUUACGAAUGUUAAAGAUGUUUUUAAGAAAAAAAAGGACGAGAAAAAAAAAUAAGAUGAAGAUGAUCCGUAAGAAUUUGUCGAAAUGAAGAAUUUAGUUAGUAAUGAAUAAUAUGAUAAUAAAAUUAUUGAAAAAGAGAUGUAGAAACCAGGAUUUAAGAAAUAAAAAAAGAAAGAAAAAAAAAAAAAUUCUGAUGAUGACGUUGUUGAAUUAGAAGAAUAAAAAGAAGAAAAAUAAGAAGAGAAAAUAGAAGACAAAAAAAAUAAAAAAAAACAAAAAAAUUCUGAUAAUGAAGAUGAUGAUGAUUAUGAAGAAGAAUAAAAAAAAGCUGAUGAAGAAAAAUAAGUAGAAAAGUAAGACAAAAAAAAGAAAACUAAAAAGAAAAAAUGA